CGUGCUGACCAACAUUUAUCUCCAGUUUAGCUCAAGGAAACUAUAUCAAAUAUGCCUCUGGACGAGACCAACAACGAAAGCUACAGAUACCUGAGAAGUGUCGGAAACACCUGGAAGUACAACGUCGAGGACCUCCACCCCAAGAUGUUGGAACGUCUGUACAAGAGGUUCGACACUUUCGAUCUCGACACUGACGGCAAGAUGAGCAUGGACGAGAUUAUGUACUGGCCCGACAGAAUGAGACAGCUGGUCAACGCUUCUGACGAACAGAUUGAGAAGAUGAGAGCUGCCUGCGACACCUUCUUCUUCCACAAAGGAGUAAACCGAGACACCGGUCUCGCACGAGAGGACUGGGUUGAAGCUAACAGAGUCUUCGCUGAAGCCGAGAGAGAAAGGGAACGACGUGGAGAAGGAUCUUUGAUUGCCCUCCUCUCCAACUCUUACUACGAUGUCCUGGAUGAUAAUGGUGAUGGUACUGUCAAUGUUGAAGAGCUCAAAACAAUGAUGAAAGCCUUUGAUGUACCCCAGGAGGCUGCCUACACCUUCUUCGAGAAGGGUGAUACCGACGGGACCGGAAAGCUGGAGCGACCUGAGCUGGUCCAUCUCUUCAGAAAGUUCUGGAUGGAGCCAUACGAUCCCCAGUGGGAUGGUGUCUACGCUUACAAAUACUAAGCAAAGAAAUAACUUUCAGACUAAAUCUUUAAAUGGAAACUUAAAUUAAACAUCAUGCACACUUUGAAUCCCUUAAAUCUCAUUUUCGCUGCAAUUUUCUAUCGCAAUUUCAGUUUCCUGCCUUCCUUCCGCAAUUUCGAGUUUUCAGUUUAAUGAUCAGUACAGUUUCUAAUUACAAUUAUCAUGACUAUUUUAUCUAGAUCUUGAAGUGUUUCACAUCAACAUUGCGUGCGUUAUUGCUUUCCCAUUACUACUAAUUCGAAUUCUCGUUUUCAAUGAAAAAUGUUCUACCAUAAAUUAUACUCCCUCGUAAAUUAUGAUAUAUCCGAUAU